AUGCCGGCUCUGGAACGAUGCGGCGUGCUGCUGAGCCGACUGAUAGGACUAUCAAAGUACCACCGUAUCAGCCCGAUCUUAGGCCUGGAGACGACCUAUCUCAAGGCAUGCGUUGCAACUCUGGACUGUCUUACCUUGCUGGGGCACAAGGUCGUGCUUCACAGCAGCAUAGAGCUCAAGGAGUUCCAUGCUUUUUCCCAUUGGAUGCAGCAUGAGAUCAAGCUCCAGUCAACAGAUCCAACAUCAUCGACGAUGGACGAGCUAGUAGAGGCGGCGGACGAGAUUGACUAUGGCACAACGCUGGGAUAUGUCAAGGGGGCACUCACCAACAGUGCUUUGCAAGGGUUCCUACAAGUACCACAGCCACCGCCAGGGGCACCAGGGGCAGAUCCAGAAGAUAGAAAACGAUGGGACGUUGACAUUCAGGACGACGGCACGUUUUACGAAGAAUACAAGAAGCUGGUAUCUCAGCAUGAGUCGCAGAGGUCGGUGGAAGGACUAUCGAUACCGAUGCUGGGUGACUUGACCGCCAGGCUCUCGGCACAGUGUGAUCGGGUAUUCAAGCAGAUAGCAGAGACACAGCGAAGAGGAACGCUAUUCCGGUCUGCUCUCAAGCUGAACGAGGACUGUGACGCUGCCGUCCUCGACAUGGCCAUGAAUUUUGAGGUGAGCACGCGUCUUGCGUUUCGGGCGAAGCUGGCUGACGGCAUUUCUCAGGAGUACGAAGGUGAAAGCCUGCCGUCGAUAUAUGCUGCAUUCCGAUCUCGCACCACCGCACACAAAUUCUACAUCUACCGGCACAUCCUCAGUGUUGUCAACGGGGUGAGCUCGACCAAGGCCAGCCUCCAGGCCACCGUCGAGCUUGGCUCUGGCAGCAUCCAGGACCUCAAGUUCGUUGAAGACGGCACUCUGAUGCUCCUCUGGAAGUCCAAAGGCAUCAUUCCCUACCUCCCCAGCAAGCACGACAAGGUUGAGAUCGACUUCACCGCCGCCGAGCCAGCUGGGAGCCUCCAUCUGGCCCUGGACCGCCUGGUUUGCCACAGCUUCGCACCGUCAUCCAGCGGCGACCGAGAGCCCGUCCACCUCGAGGUCAACGGGCGGCGCGGACGGCGAGUUGUCUGCGUCCUGUACGCCGACGGGCGACGGUACUCUGUCCUGGACCUCGACAGCGCCCUGGACUAG